AUGCAAGAGGAAUUGGCUUCGAAUUUCAGUAGAAGCAUCCACGUCGGAAAUGGGAGCGUGGUCGUCUCAGCCGCCACUAUCUGUGGAAAUGCGUUAGGCUUCAGCAAAGGUUUCACCAACCCCGAAAGUCUCAAAGCAAAGGGAACAUAG